AUGAAGUGCCUCAUUCAACUCUUCCGCGAGCAGGUCGCGGCACACCCUUCAUCGAUUGCUGUUGAGGACGGCAACGUAAGUGGUGUUUCCAAGCAAGUGACUUACCAAGAGCUAGACGAACUCUCGGACAACUUCAGCCUCCAACUACGGCAACAUGGCGUUCGGCCAGGGGACAUUGUUCCCGUUCUCUCAACACGCUGCAUUGGCGCCAUUGUUUCGAUUCUGGCCAUCCACAAGCUGCGGGCUUGUUACGUCCCAAUCGACCUGGAUACCUGGGGCAACGACCGGAUUGAGAACACACUGAGCCGGGUCGAGGCGAAGCUUGUCGUCACGACCAACCAAACCGCAUUCACCGGCUCCAAAAAGAAACAGGUCAUCUACAUUCCACACGAUGGCAGUGUGGCAAGCAACCCAGCAACACCACCCGACUCCCCACACGACGAGGAUCCAGCCGGACAGGUUCCUGACGACUGGGCGUACCUGAUCUUCACCAGCGGGUCGACAGGAAAGCCAAAGGGCGUCAUCGUCAACCAACGAUCAAUAUCCGCCCUCGUAACCGAGCAGAAUGAGCUCCCCUUCAAUCUGCACGCCAGCGUAGACAGCAGAGUCCUACUCAUCUUCUCCUUCGCCUUCGACGCCUGCACCUACGUCAUCAGCAGCACCCUCUGCAACGGCGCGACCCUCGUCCUCGCCAGCCCAUCCACCCUCGAAUCCGUCGCGUCCACCUGCCACAUCUGGAUCGUAACCCCCAGCAUCCUCUCCGCCAUGGACCCGUCCUCGCACGACUACUCGCGCGCCACGCUCAUCAUGAUGGGCGGCGAGAACCCGCCACCUUUCAUCGUCCCCACCUGGACUGCGCCCAGGCGCCGCCUGAUCAACAUCUACGGCCCCACCGAGGCGACGUGCACGGUGCUCAUGUCCGAGAUGGCGCCCGGCAAGCCCGUCGUCAUGGGCGCGCCCAUCUCGUUCUGCAGCGUGCUGCUGGUCGACGACGCGGGCAACGAAGUCGUCGGCGACGAGGCCGAGGGAGAGAUGCUGCUCGGCGGGACGGGCGUGGCGGUCGGGUAUUAUGGGGAUGAGGAGCUGACGCGGGCGGUGUUCGUCGAGAGGGACGGCCAGCGGUUCUACCGGACCAAGGACUACGCGCGGCGUACGCAGCACGGCUUCGCGUUCUGCGGGCGCAAGGACGCGGUGGUCAAGAACCGCGGCUUCCUGGUGAACCUGGAGAGCGAGGUCGAGCCGGCCAUGCUUGCUGCCUCCACCUCUUCCCCGUCCUCCUCGCCCGCGCUCGCCGCCGCCGCCAUCUCCCACCACGGCACGCUGAUCGGCUUCGUCACCCCCGCCUCCGCCGCCCAGGGCCUCCGCGAGCUCAUGCUGUCCAACCACACCACCUCCGCCUUCCUCGUCCCGGACCACAUCCACGGGCUGGACGCCUUCCCCUCGACCGGCAACGGCAAGGUCGACCGCAAGGCGCUGGCGGCGCUGCACGAGGCGACGGUUUUGCCGGCGUUCAUCACGCCCGAAGUAUUUCUGCAGGGCGUGCGGGACGCGGGCAAAGAACUGACGGCGCUCGAGGCGGUCAGGCAUGCGGUCUGCAUGGUGCUAAGGGUCGUGCAGGCGAGGGUGGAUGAUGGUGCGAGUUUUCGUGCGUUGGGGGGCCACUCGCUGGCGGCUGUGAUGCUGGUUUCGACGCUUAGGAGGUUGGGGUUUGUGAUUGAUGUUGUGGGGGUGUUUGUGCAUGACACAGUGAGGGGGAUUGCGGGGGCGGUGAAGAGGGUGGGGGUGGAGGGGGGUGGUGGUGGUGGUAAGGAGGAGGAGGCGAGGGGAGGUGAUGAGGAAGAGAGAAGGAGGUGGGCGGAGGUGGUGGGUGAGGAAAGCGCGGCGCCGGCGACGGAUAUGCAGGUCCGGAUGGUGCGGGGGACGGUCGACGAUCCGUCGCUGAACUUCAUCAAGAUUGGGGUGUCGUUCGAUCAUGGGGCGGACGAGACUUUCUUGGGCGCGCUACGGUCGGCGUGGAAGCAGCUUUCCCGGAGACAUUCGAUACUGCAGUCAUCUUUCAAGCUGGAUGCAGCUGAGCCGCUUCAGUUGCUGCAGAAGGACGUUGACAUCCCCUGGCAGGAAGACGUCGUCUCGUCGGAAGAUGAGUGGAAAAGGGAGUAUGAUGUCUCAGGGGCCAUUGAUCCGGAAGACUUCACUUCGUUCGAAGAGCAGGACCUCAAGGCUCUUUCGAGCGUACGGGUGAUAGUCUUGCCUGGUGUCCGAUGCCGUCUCAUCUGGACAGUCCAUCACUCACUCAUAGAUGGCUGGUCGGCAAGUGUCAUCCUCAACGACCUUUGGGAGCUUCUACACGGCAGAGAGCUUCCUCCCACUCCCCAGUUUUCCGACGCUGCUUGGUGCAUGCGCCGCCUGCUCCAGCGCGAAUCCUCAGCGGCCAAGGACUUCUGGAAAGCACAGCUUGGAGACGUUCAAGACAUCCCGCGCCUCCGUGUUCCUCCGCCGGAAGACGCAACCUCCAAGUUCUUGUCAGAGAGACGCCGCAAGCUUUCGAAAGUCAAGAUCUCGGAUCUUGAAGUGGCUGCGAAUGAGUACGGCGUCACGACGGCUGCUCUCGUGUACGCUGCAUGGGCUGUGGUUCUCUCUCGGUACUGCGACUCGCAGAAGGUGGUUUUGGGAACGGUGCUCUCGGGCAGAAGUCUGCCGCUGGAAGGCGUGGAGAAGAUCGUCGGCCCGCUGAUUAACUCGCUCCCGAUGCCUGUUGCGCUUCAGGAGGACGCAACUGUUUCGGAGUUCGUCAGGCAGGUCUUCAGGUCCAUGUGUCAGCUCCUCGACUACCAGUGGACUCCGAACUCCCUUGUGCAAGAGGCGACGGGGAGGAAGGGCACUGACUACUUCGACACCAUACUGGCCAUCCAGUACGACUUCCCAGGACACCAAUGGCCGAACGCGCGGUUUGCAACACCAUACGAUAUCUCAAUUGCCGAAACUACCGAGACGCCGCUCACUAUCAUGGUAGAUGCUAUUGAGGGUUGCCUGGAUGCGAGGUUCUUGUUCCGUCCCUCGAACUUCGGCGCACCCAUGAUCGAGCGUAUGAUCAACCACUUUGAGAACGUCCUCGCGUUACUCGGUGAUAGGUCUGGCGCGGCUGGUCCUGUUGGCGAAGUGGCCAAGAACAUGCUCAGCAAGGAAGAACAGCAUGCCAGUCUCAACUGCUCCGACUACAUCGACGAGCCAUACGUGGGGCCCGAGACUCUUGCCGAGGCGUUCGAGCUCUCGCUGUCUCAGUACCCAGACCAGCUUGCAGUCGAAGGCUUGGAUCGGAGUCUUACGUACAGCGAACUGGACACGGAGACGCGGCGGGUUGCAAAGGUCCUCGUUCAGCACGGCGUCAAGGCUGGGGAUAUUGUCUGCAUCAUUGCCGAUGGUUCAAUCAACUGGCUCUUGGCGAUUAUGUCAGUGGUACGGACGGGAGCUGCGUAUUGCCCUGUGGACAACAAGUUCCCUGCCGAGAGACAAAGCUACAUGUUGUCUCUCUGCCACCCUCCGGUCGUUCUGUACCCGAGCGCUUCCAUCAGACAGAACCACUCUGGCCAUGCAGGCGCCGUGCAGCUGGACGUAGAGACGAUUCUGGCCUCGGAGUCAGAUUCGACCUUCGUCCCCAAGAGCCAAGCGGCACCGCACGACCUCGCCGUGAUCCUCUUCACCAGCGGCACCACGGGCUUCCCCAAGGCAGUCCAACUCGAACACAAGCCCAUCCUCUCGGUCCUCUCCUUUGCGCCCACCCGCCUCCGCUCCAAGCCAGGCCAACGCAACGCGCAGCUGCUCUCACUCGGCUUCGACUGCUGCGUCACCGAAGUCUUCUCCAGCCUCCUCUACGGCGCAACGCUGGUCCUCAAGGACCCGGGCGACCCGCUCGCGCACCUCACCAAGGUCGACGCCAUCGUCGCCACGCCCUCGCUCGUCACCAACCUCGACCCGGCCGACUACCCCAACCUCAAAGUCGUCACCUUGAUGGGCGAGCCGCUCCCCGUCGCCCUCGCGCGGCGCUGGCUGCCGGGCCGCAUCCUGCAAAACAGCUACGGCCCGGCCGAAACGACGCUCAUGACCAACGCGCACCAGCUGCGCGCCGACGGCCCGAUUUCCGUCGGCAAGCCAAUCCCGCGCGUGGCGUUCUACAUCCUCGACGCCAUGGGGCGCCCCGUGCCGACGGGCGUCGCGGGCGAGAUCUUCGUCGCGUCUGGCUUGCAGGUCUCGCGCGGGUACCGCAACAACCCCGAGGAAACCACGUACCGCUUCCUGCAGGACCCGUUCCGGCCCGGGUGGAAGAUGUUCAGGUCGGGCGACAUGGGCCGCUGGAACGAGGACGGCGACACCGAGAUCAUCGGCCGCACCGACAGCCAGGUCAAGCUGCGCGGCUUCCGCAUCGACCUCGGCGACAUCGAGGCGACGGUGGCGAGGCUGGGUGCACCCGGACUGGGCGUCGAUAACGUCGCUGUCGUCGUCACGGGCGGCGCGCUGCGGGCGUUCGUCACGCCUGCGUCGGUCGAUACGCGCGCGCUGAUGCAGACGCUGCGGGAUCACUUGCCCGAGUACAGCACGCCCAGCAACGUCACGGCGCUGGACGCCCUGCCGCUGUCGCCGAACGGCAAGGUCAACCGCAAGGAGCUGGCCGCCAUGCACAUGCAGCGCGACGACGCGCUGGAGCCGCUGAAGACGGAUACCGAGCGCGCUGUGGCGGAUGCCUGGGCGGAGCUGCUGGGCCGCGACCAGAACCAGUCGCCCAUCGGCGCGCUCGACCGCUUCUUCGACCUCGGCGGCCACUCGCUGCUGCAGAUCCGCCUGGCGCAGAAGCUGUCGAAGCUGUGGGGCGCGAGCGUGCCGCUGCGGACCAUCAUCCGGCACCAGGUGCUGCGGGACCUCGCCGCGGCGCUGGACGAGCAUCUGGCGCAAAAGCCUGCCGUCGAGGCACGCAAGCCGUUCGCUGAGACGGCGAAGGUGCCGAGGGGGGAGGAGAAGACGCCGGCGUCGUAUCUGGAGCAGGAGAUGGUGCUGAACCAGAUGCUGGCAGACGGCUCGCCCGUGUGGAACAUCGUCUACGCCUGCAAGGCCUACGGCGCCGUCGACCUGGACGCGCUCGACCGCGCGUUCCGGGAGACGGUGGCUACGCACGAGGUCCUGCGCUCGCGCUACCAUCUCGACGACGGCGUCAUCAUGCGCUCUCUAUCCGAGCCGUCCUCGUUCGCCGCCAGCCAUGCUACAUGCAGCGAAGACGCCGUCGCCGACUUCCUCGCCCAGAAGAUCCAGCGGCCGCUCGACCCCUUCGCCGACGCCCUGAUCCAGCUGCACACCGCGGCCGUGACGCCCUGGAAGACGGUCCUCGUCUUCGUCAUGUCGCACAUCGUCGGCGACGGGCCGACGCUGUACAGAGUCCUGCAGGAGACGUCUGCUGCCUACGCCCGCAUCACCUCUUCCUCCUCCUCUUCUCCCUCCCCCUCUUCCUCCUCCCCCUCCCCGUCCUCCAACCUCUCCUACCUCGACUGGUCCCACUGGGCCCACCCCGACUCCUCCCCCACCACCACCAUCGACAACGAAACCUCCACCUUCUGGCACACCGCCCUCUCCGCCCGUCGCCCCGCCCUACCCCGGCACAACCACCACCCCUUCGCUAAGCCCGCUCCGGCCGCUACUUUCCGCGGCGGCCUGACAACCUGGACGCUGCGCCCCUCGCUGCGCCACCGCCUCGCCCGCCGCGCCAUGGAGCACGGCUUGUCCAUGCACCAGCUAGCCCUCGCCGCGACGUUCCUGGCACUACGAUCACUUCACCCAGCUGAUGGUGGUAGUGGGAACGGAGUAAUGGCGCUCGGCGCGCCGAUGACGCUGCGGACGGAGGCGGGGACGGAGCGCAUGGCGGGCUUGUUUUUGGAUCGGCUGGUCGUGCCGCUGCCGUGGGAUGGCGUCGAUGACGAGAGCGUCACUGGCGGCGCAGAGGGAGAGGGAUCAGGACAAGAUGGUGAUGAUGAUCUGGCGUCCUUCCUCGCCACCGUCCGCGCCCGCAGCAGUGCCGCCCUUGCGCGCUUCGUGCCGCAUCGCGUGCUGAGGCGGGUGCUUAACCAAGCUGGCGCCGACGCUUCUGCCUCCGCUUUCCGCCAGGUUGACGAAGCAGACAGCGACGCGUGCAGCAAUGCGGGAGGCGAGCUCCCCGCACCCCCCAGCCUCGCCAACCCCAUCGUCGACGUCGUCGUCGCCUUCCACACGGCGACCGAGUCGGCCGAGCGGCGGAAGGGCUUGUCCCUCUCAUCAACCAACGCGGCAGAAGUCGUCGAGAUCCCCGUCGAGCAAGGCGGUGGCCGGCCGCGCGGCGUGGCGAAGUUCCCCGUCAUGGUCGAGUUCACCGACGACGGCGAAGACGCUGGAUUGCACGUCGAGCUGGAGUGGGACACCGGCGUCGUCGAGCCGAAUGUCGCGGAGAGGCUGGAGGAGGCGCUUGCGGGGGCGUUGGAGAUUUUGGGCUCGUGUUCAUCUCAGGGUGGUGGAGUGAGGGCGAUGACGGAGGCGUUGAGGCGGAGCCACGCUGGUGGCCGCCGCGAAGGGGAUGUGGAGAGUGAUGAUGGGGGGUUGCCGACGCCGGGGGAGGAGGAGGAGAUUGCGGUGCGGUUGCAGCUUGGAACGGGGGAGGAUAGCGAGAGGGCGGAGAGGGUGGUGAGGAUCAGGGAGGCGAUGGCGGAGUGUUUGGGGUUGGAGAGGAAGGAUGUGGGCUGCAUGCGGUCGUUUUGGGAGUUGGGGGCGGAGAGUAUGGAUGCGGUUAGGUUGAUGGAUAAGUGUGAGAAGAAGGGUUUGCGGUUGGGGUUGAGAGAUAUUUUUGAUUCGCCGACGGCGGAUGCGUUGGCGGGGUUGUGUUAA